CGUUUUUCUCCGCACAAAUGGAGCAGUUUCACGGCAGAAGUCCGUAUAACUUUCUUGUACACGCUGAUUUUGUUUCUAACGUUUGAACCUUGGCAAAUUUUCGUCUUUUUACUAUAUUAAUGUAUCACCACAUGCAAGAGACCUCCAUAAAACAAGAAAAGUACGCCUUGUGUACGGAGCUUUCUUUAUUAGUUCGCUGGCUGUCUAGCUUCACCCAGUCACGUGUCGUGAGGACAGCACAGUAAAAAGACGACUACUCAGCGGGCUCAAGCAGCACAGAGCAACAAUCAGCCGACAUGAGUCUACGUUCAGGCAAACACUACCUGAGAGGUUACGAACAGCAGGAUGCAGCAGGUGCAGAGUUUGAGCCAGACUUCAAUGCAGAGCGACCAGACAUUGCUGCAGCCACAGACCCUGUAGACCAACCGCCGCCAGAGGGACAGCAACCGCCGGAGAGGCAGCAACCAUCACCUCCACGCAGCACCAGGUCCAGGGCUCCAAGCAGGGGGCCAUCUUCAACAGCAACAUCAAAUUCAGCCACCAAAGCCUAUGCUAAAGCUCAAGCAGCCAAAGCUCAACUCGCCUUUGUUGAAAAAGAGGCUAAAAUGAUGAGACAGAAGGCAGAAUUAGAAGCAAGUAUGCUAAAGCAAAGGGCCGAUUUAGAUGCCAGCCUCCACAUCCUACAGUGUGAAAAAGAAGUAGCUGCAGCUGAAGCAGAAGCUGCAGCCUACGAAGAAGUAGACAGUCAAAGCGGGGAGUCAAGUGUUGAACCCCCCAUUGAAGCUGAGCCCUUUAACGCAGUACAGCGCACUAGUGAGUAUGUUGAACUACACAGCAACUUAUUAGGGCCCAUCACUCAACCAGUUGACCAUGUUACAGUUGCAGCUCAGCAGGUUCUGCCGCAAGUAAAAAGUGACAUUAAACAUGAACCGAAAGCAAACAACACCUACUCCUUUAACCCUCUAGCUCAAACUUUCCUGCCCACCAACAACAACCAAGCCGAGUGGAAUGGUGCACAUGAUUUUGCAAGGUAUCUUAUCCGCAAAGAACUAGUUAGCACCGGGUUACUACAAUUUGAUGAUAAACCAGAAAACUAUUGGGCAUGGAAAGCUUCGUUUAUCAGUGCAACAAAAGACUUAAAUCUGUCAGCUAGAGAGGAAGUAGAUCUGCUAACAAAGUGGUUAGGGCCAAAGUCAUCAGAACAAGCUAAGCGGAUUCGCGCAGUACACGCUCUGAAUCCUACUGCAAGCGCAAAAAUGAUCUGGGAACGCCUUGAGGAAUGUUAUGGUGCCUCAGAAGCUAUCGAGGACGCCCUCUUAAAGAAAAUAGAAGAAUUCCCCAGACUAACAAAUAAAGACAGUGGCAAGCUAAGAGAACUUGGUGACAUUCUGUUAGAGCUACAGUGUGCUAAGCUUGAUGGCACACUCCCGGGGCUUGCGUACCUGGAUACAGCACGUGGGGUAAAACAGAUAGUUGAGAAACUACCCUUCAGCCUACAGGAAAGGUGGACCACUGUGGGAACACAAUACAAAGAGACUCGUAAAGUGUCAUUUCCCCCUUUUUCAGUUUUUGUGCAGUUUGUCCAGCAACAAGCAAAAAUGAAAAAUGAUCCAAGCUUUGCCUUAUUCACCUGCAGCAGUCAAGUGUCCACCCGCUCAGAAAAGUCCACACCAUACAAUCGCAAAGCCGCUGUGUCAGUACACAGAACAGACAUUGCAGAGAAAAGUGGUACACAGCAAAAGAAAAUAGAGGAACCAGAUCGUCAGUGCCCCAUUCAUAAGAAGCCACACCCCCUCAAAAAAUGUAAGUCAUUUAGAGACAAGCCGAUAGAACAGCGCCAGGCUUUUCUCAAAGAGCAUCACAUUUGCUACAGAUGUUGUGGUUCAGUGCAGCACAUGGCAAAAGAUUGCAAAGCAGUAGUCAAAUGUGUCGAGUGCAACAGUCCCAAGCACAUAUCAGCACUUCAUCCAGGUCCUACUCCUGUCCCCAAAAACGACACCUCAGAGAGUGCAGACACUGAGGAGCAAGCAGAGAGCCCUCCUGCAGUCGUCUCCAAGUGCACAGAGGUAUGCGGUCAGAGUGAAAGCCCACGCUCUUGUUCUAAGAUCUGUUUAGUGAAAGCUUAUCCAGAAGGGCAGCAAGACAAAGCUCUUAAAAUGUAUGCUGUAAUUGACGAACAGAGCAAUAGGUCCCUAGCUAGGACAGAGUUCUUUGACCUGUUUGGAAUCAAAACCAAUCCUGCACCGUACAUUCUAAAGACUUGCUCAGGGAAAGCAGAGACUGUAGGCAAGAGAGCAAUGAACUUUGUCAUACAGUCCAUGGAUGGAAAAACAAGCAUCAAACUGCCACCUCUGAUUGAAUGUGACUCAGUGCCAGACGACAGAUCUGAAAUCCCCUCGCCUGAGAUCGCCCAGCAUCACCCCCAUCUUGCCCCCAUUGCAAACAAAAUCCAACCUGUCGACCAUCAUGCUCCAAUUCUUCUCCUUCUAGGCAGAGAUAUCCUUAGGGUACACAAGGUACGUGAGCAGAUCAAUGGGCCCAAUAACGCUCCUUAUGCCCAAAGACUGGACUUAGGUUGGGUCGUAGUGGGGGAGGUAUGCCUAGGCAAAGCUCAUAACACAACAGAGGUUAACGUUUACAAAACGCACACGUUAGACAACGGACGCACAACAUAUUUUGAGCCAUGUCCCAAUGUUAUAAAAGUAAAAGAGGACUGUAGUGUCAGACCUCAGCAAAACACAUUGACAUUCAGAAACACUGUAGGCACUGCAGACAAUGCAGAUAAGCUAGGUGAAUCCAUGUUUGACAGGACUGAGUCAGACGACAAGGUAGCACCGUCUAUAGAUGACAAAACUUUUCUAACACUAAUGAACAGUGCAGUUAGACAGAACAAAGAGAACACUUGGGUCGCUCCUUUGCCCUUCCGCUCUCCAAGAAGGAGGCUCCCAAGCAAUAGAGACCAAGCCCUAAAACGUCUCUACUCACUCAAAAAGACUUUAGAAAAGAAGCCAGAAAUGAGAGAUCACUACAUUCAGUUCAUGCAGAAAAUGCUGGAUAACGAUCAAGCCGAACUAGCCCCGCCCCUGCCCAAAGGUAAAGAACAUUGGUACCUGCCAACAUUUGGUGUUUACCAUCCACAAAAACCAGAUCAAAUUAGGGUAGUUUUCGAUUCUAGUGCAGAGUGUGACGGCACAUCCCUAAAUCAAGUACUACUCAGUGGGCCCGACCUGAACAACUCCCUGUUAGGAGUGCUGUUGAGAUUUAGAAAGGAGCCAAUAGCCGUGACAGCUGAUGUACAACAAAUGUUUUAUUGUUUUGAAGUGUGUGAAGAACAUAGAGACUAUCUUCGCUAUCUUUGGUUUGAGGACAAUGACAUCACAAAGAACAUAAUUGAAUAUAGAAUGAAAGUGCAUGUUUUUGGUAACAGCCCGUCACCCGCCGUUGCCAUUUACUGCAUGCGACAGGCAGCGAAGGAGGGUGAAAAAGAACAUGGCGCAGACGCAAGACAGUUUGUUGAGAGGCAGUUUUAUGUUGAUGACGGGCUCACAUCUGUCGCCACACCAAACCAAGCAAUCGACCUGUUGACUAGAACAAAGAACAUGUUAGCAGAAUCCAACCUACGACUCCACAAGGUGGCAUCGAACUGUAGCCUUGUCAUGGAAGCGUUUCCUGUGGAAGAUCGUGCCAAAGAUUUGAAAGACUUAGACCUAGGGAUAGAUACUCUUCCAGUCCAGAGGAGCCUAGGACUCUGUUGGAAUUUACAGACUGACAGUUUCACUUACCUUGUAUCCAAUGAGACAAAACCAUUCACACGCAGGGGAGCAGGGGAGUGCUGUCAACAGUCAAUAGCCUAUACGACCCUUUGGGUUUUGCUGCCCCCAUAA